AUGGCGGCCGCAGUGCUCCUCCGCGGGACAGCCCCGGUCCGCGGCGGCUCCGUCUGGGGCUUGCGACUAUGCGCUGUCCCGAGGCGCCGCCUCACGCACAGCGCAGCCCGUCCCAGCAGUGACAACGCCAUCGCCUCAGCCUGGACUUGCUUCCCUCUUAGCGACCGCGCCCUACUGCGCGUGCGCGGCCCGGACUCGGUGCCCUUCCUCUCGGGCCUACUAACCAAUGAGCUGCCCCUUCCGGGUCCCGGGGACGGAACGACCCAGCCUUCGGCGCGUGUGGGCUACGCCCACUUUCUCAACGUCCAGGGCCGGACGCUGUAUGACGUAAUUUUGUACCGGGUUCAAGAGCAUGCAGCGGUGACAGGCUUCUUCCUUGAGUGUGACAUCUCUGUCGUGGGCACAUUGCGGAAGCACCUUAUGCUCUACCGGAUCCGGCGGAAGGUGGAGGUGGAGCCCUGCCCGGAGCUGGACGUGUGGGCCAUACUGCCUAGCACUCCCGAGGCCCAGGGGUCCCAGACCCUGCAGGAGAAGGCAGAGGGAGCCACGAUCCUUGUCGCUGAUCCCAGGACAGCUUGCAUGGGCUGGCGGCUCCUUACUCCAAGGGAGAACUCUGCCCUGCACCUAGUGCCUGGCAGCUGCCAUGGAGACCUCAGGGAUUAUCACAAGCACCGGUACCGGCAAGGCAUUCCAGAGGGAAUACGAGACCUCCCCCCGGGAGUGGCUCUGCCUUUGGAAUCCAACCUGGCCUUCAUGAACGGAGUCAGCUUCACCAAGGGCUGCUACAUCGGCCAGGAGCUGACUGCCCGCACCCACCACAUGGGUGUCAUUCGCAAGCGCCUCUUCCCUGUGCAGUUAAGUGGCUCACUCCCAGCAGCUACCAUAGAACCGGGUACCUCCAUCCUCACUGAGUCAGGAAAGGCAGCCGGGAAGUUCAGGGCCAGUGAGGGCAACGUGGGACUGGCCCUGCUGCAGACUGAGAAAAUUAAGGGUCCUCUUCACAUCAAAACUUCUGAAAAUGGUCAUGUGGCCUUAACUGCUUCAGUGCCAGACUGGUGGCCUAAAGCCAGGCCUCACUGUCUCUACAUCGUGGCCUUGCUGAUGGAAUCUUGGGAUAAGGGUGCAGCCAGCUAG